AUGUUCAAAGGAAGUAGCAACACAAUGAACGUGCACUCAUUUUAUGGGAACCCAAAUGAGAAAGACUUGAGUGACCAUCACCCCAAGGGUGUCAACAACGUUUUCUGUAACAACAUCAUUUCGAGGCAAGAAUUUAAUAGGGACUUUUUGCGCAGUAGAAACUUUUUGGAAGAACAAAAUGUGAACGGGGGUUCCAGUGGCCUUUCGAAGGUCGCCAGUGCAAACAAUGGCAUGGUGUAUGUGAAUAACCAUGGGGAGUUACUCCACCUGGACUACAAUGGGCACGCCGCCCACAGGGGCAUCAAGGGGCCGCGGUACGGCGGGCGUGUGGGCAGUCACGCCAACGGCCAUGCUGGCGGCCAUGCUGGUGGUCAAUUUAGCAGACCCACCUUGAACGGAAGCAACGUCUUUAAGAAGAUGCCCAGCGGCCAACCUGAAUACAUACACGCAGACCUCUUUGGAGACAAAACCAACAUACACCACAGCCCAAGUCUGAGCAACGCAUGCGGCAUCAACAACCCACCUAAUAACCAAUGCAACGUUAGUGCAAACGAAAUAAUGAGCAAGAGAUUAUUUAUUAAUAACCUCAUUGAAAUAAAGGAAAAAUUGAACAACAUUAAAAGAGAGAGGAUGGAAUAUGAAAAGGACGACGAAGCCAAGGAAGAGGAGGAGCAUGAUAACUACAUGGUCCAUUUAAAAAAUUACGAAAAAAUAAAAAACUCUUAUUCGAUGUCAAAUGUAAAUAAGGUGCAGGAGAAAAUUAUGAACAAAAUGAAAUCCCAGGAGGAAAAAAAAAAUAUAUCAUACAAUAACUUUUUUGAGGAUGCUGCAGUGGAUGUGGACCACCCUAGCGGUCGCCCCAGCCACCCAUCACAGCAGAAGCAGCCACAUAAGCACCAGCAGUAUGCCAAGUUUGAAAAAAGGAAAAGCGUCGAGCAGAGGCAUGAAGAGAGCACUUACGUCUUUUACGACUUGAAGCAGUAUUUAGGGGAGAACCACCGGCCCAAGAAGAGCUACUUUCCUGUCCAUGCCAGUUGUGAGAAGAAGCAGGGUGAGCGAUUAUGUGAUCGGCUCGGAGAGCAACUGAAUGAUCCUGUCCAGGAUAGGAAGUACGAUAGCUACUUUGACCGCAAGUACAACAAUUUGAAUGAACACCAUUUAGAAGACUUCUUCUUGCGGACAGAGGACAAGGAAGGGGAGCAAAAGGAAAAACAAAGUAAGUAUGAACAGCUUCAGAAAAUGGAGAGAGCAGUCAUUUCACCUCACGAUCAUAUGGUGACGAUGAUGUUGGAACAGGAAGGGUUGCACAACGUUAUGCAAAAACAUUCAAGCACUUCAAAACCAAUGUAUACACACAAUUUGAAAGGCCUUAAGGUGGUUGACAAUGUUAUGUGCUGUCUACCUGCAGAAGAUGUUAAUGUUAAGGGAAAGAAAAACAUACCAACGAUGAUGUACUUAGGGAUGCCUUCUUCCUCUUCCCCAGGAGUAGGUGGUGCCAUUGGGGCGGGGAACCCAUGUGGCAAUGUGUUCCACGAUGCGAACGUGUAUGACGGUCCAACCAGUUUAUAUCUUAGCAAAGGACUAAGGGAUGAAGAUAAUUUGAAAAAAAUGCUAAGCGCCACCACGAAGAAGGUUUUAAAUUAUGAGCAGGACUAUGUAUUCCCGUCAUCCGACAGGCAUGAGCUAUACAAAAGUAAAAACAACGCAGGAUGUGCUGGUUGUAUUGAACACGGAACAGGGACACAGAUGGGAACAACAUCUACGCCAUUAAGAAAUGAAAAUCAAAGUUACGUGGGAAAAAAUUGCAGCUCUGUUAAUUAUGCGAAGAAGAAAGGAGGCGUCGCCGCUUCCACAUCCCCUGCCGCUGGAGCAGUAGUGGGAUGGAGCAAUUCAGGAGAUCACCUAAAAAAGGUGGCAGGCAUGAACGAAAAAAAUGGCAAGAUGGUUGAACAAGUCAAGGGAAGUGGAGCGGGAGGCAACCCAGACCUGCGUGUGCAAAAUCAUAAAAGUGAAAAAAACGUAGGAAAGAAAAAUAGUGCAGGAUCCAUGAGCAACAAUAUCAACGUGAACGUCUCCGAUACAGACAUUAAUGGAAAUAAAAACUCCAGCGAGAAGAAAAACUCGUAUGACAAUAACAACGGAGGAGUGAUCAACGGCACAAACAACAAUAAUGGAAACAACGUAGACAACACGGUGGCAUAUUUUAAAGAAAAUUGUUUAAGCAAUGAAAAUGUGGUGUAUGAUGAGGAGAAAAAAAUCUUCAAAACAAAGGAAAAUUGUAAUAUUAAAAUAUAUAGGAGAAGCUUAGAAAAGGAAAAAAUGCUCAACUUUCCUCUAAUCCAUUUGGGGGAAAAUGACGUUAUUGUGAAGAGAAUAAAAUUAUAUUACCCCUUAAGGAAUGAAAAUAUAUUUACAAAUAUUUCAAAAAUUAUUUUCAUGACCAGCACAAAUAUCUGCUCGUUAUACCUUAGUGACUCGUAUCUUAUUCAUUAUGACGAUGUGAAAAUUCAGUCCUACCUUUCUAAGGGAGGCUUUGGAGUUGUUUACAAGGGCAUCCUUUUGAGGAAAGUUCAAAAGGGUGAACUGAUGUAUGGCGCAAGUGGCAAGUACAGCAGGGAAUUGUCAAAUCAGCAGAGCUUCCAGGGGCUAGACGCAGUUAACGGUGUUAAUGGUAACGUUGGAGGGAGAACAGACGGCAGGAGGACCACACAUAGAGAGUUGCAUGAAGAGGAGGAGGAGGAAGAAGACAACGAUGAUAAUGAUCAUAAUGACCACCACGAUGUGCAUGAGGCAGAGUAUGGACAGGCACAACAAUUGGAAGGACCGCCAAAUGUGCUUCAUGCCGGGGCUGAGGACAACAACGUAGAUGGAGGAAAUCACGACGGUUCUAGCAACUAUGCAGAUAAUAGCAAUGUGCAGGAUGGAGCAGAGUCGAAGGGGAACUCAGGCCACGGCAGUGGACCAAAGGGAAGCAGCCCAAACAAACAGUUUCCCAUGAAGAAGAAAAAAAGCCACAAUAGCGAUAGUAGCAAACUUAGCAGAAGCACAAAAAAAUUGUGUAAUCUGAGAAACCAAUUGAUUGAAAAAAUAUUUGACAAUUUCAACAACCCCAUCAACCCUAACAGUGCUGCAACUGUUAGCGGCAAUGGCAUGAAUGGUGAGUACCCCGUUAGAGGAGCAGAAACUGAAAAGGCGCACGAGAAACGACCAGCCGAGGAACAGAACGAAGGAGAAGAAGAGGAUAACGAAAUGGAAGAAAAGAACAAACAAAAAAAAAAUACUUGUUCCAUUGAGAAUAUACUAAAAAGUUGGGACAACACCCAUGAGCAGCAAAAAAAUAAAGCAAUCAACCUCGAGGAUUAUAACGUCAACAAAGAGACUGAAGGCAUUUUCCUCACCAAGGGCCACAAGUCGCGCAGCGCCAAUGUGCACCAAGGGGAAGGUGCGGAAGAUGAUAUAGCAGGAUCAGAUGCUGAGGAUGGAUUAGAGGAGGAGAAUAACCCAGCACAAAAGCAAAGAGAGGAUGAGGAAGCAGCCGAAAAUGUGGACAUGAAAAAAGGAGCCAAUUGUAUACACGUACAAGAAAUAAGAAAAUUAAAAAAAAAAAUGCUCCACUUUAUUUAUUCCAAAAAAACAAGUGACAAAAUAAUAAUUGACAGAGAUGAAUUUUUUACCGAAGCCAAAAAAAUUAUUUAUAAAUUAAAAAUGAUGAACAACACGGAACUGGAAAAAAAAUACCAUGAAGAAAUUCUAGCCUACCUGUUGCUAGACGUGUAUCAUAAUAACAUGGCAUACAAAAACAACCUCUCCUUCCUCUACGUUAAAGGAAAAAAUAUAAUAACCUACGGAGUCAAUAAGGAAAGCCUUUACAUAUUUGACAAUAAAAAUAUUUUCCAUUACUACAGUGAUAAGUGCAUAUUCAAAAUUGUCUUCAUCGACGAGCACAAGGAAUUGAAGAAGUACCAGAGCCUCACCGUCUUCAAUGUGCUAAAUAAUGAAAGGAUGAUGAAAAGCUCUUCCAUACUCAAGUACGAAAUUAAUAAACAUAAGAAUGGCUUGAAUAAGUUAGCCAUUAUUCCCUUUAGCAAGAUGAAUAUGAGUCACCUUCUAAAUGCUCUAAUAUUUGGCUUUCUAAAAUUCCUUUUCAAUUUGAGAAAGAAAUAUCACAAGCAGCCAAAUAAUUGCUCCUGCUACCCGAAUGCGGAAGAAAUGCAGAACAACCCCAACGCCAACUCUUCGAACAAAGCCAUGGAAACAGAACAAGGGAACCAAAAUAAUAGCAUAAAUAAUAAUACCUUUUUCUCAAGCCUAAAGUAUAGCACUUCGGAUGUCUGUGGUGGUAGUCCUCUUAAUUUUAAUAAAGAUGAUAAAGACUCCAUCCUCUUGCAGGAAAAAAUUAAUAUGCUCGAUGAGUUCCUCUGUUGCAACUAUGAAGAAGUCAGCGCCGACUAUGCAGGAGGGAAAGGGAAAAUGAUGGGUAAGGGUAGCGGGAAUAACGACAGGAGUGAAGAGACGGAGAAUAAUAACGGAGCUGGUAGUGGUGGUGGAAGUGGCGGAACUGCUCAUGGUAGCAGCAGACGCAGCAAUAACGUGCAGAGGGAGGAGGCAGAUAAAAUGGGAACCACAAACAAGGCCAACAUGCAUCUGACCAAUAACGGCCCGGGAAGCAGCACCGUGCUCAACACCAACAAUACAGACGAGUCUAAAACUACCAUGUUGAUGAAUGUGUCGAGGAACAAAAACGCUUUUAAGGAGUAUGGAAAUGAGCGCGAGUACAACUACGGUCCGAAGAUGACCAACCGGGAGGUGGAACAGCAGCAUCUGGAGGAUGAAGGCCCAGAGAACAGCGAUAAGGAGGACGUGGAAGAACGCGGCAAAGAGCGAGAAAGGGGAGAGGUAGAGGACGAAGAAGAGGAAGAUGGGGUAGACGAUGCAGAAAGAGCUUUUCACUCACCCCCCGCUCGUGCCGGACGGAACGGAAAAGGUACAGGAGAAAAGGGAUUACCUGAGGUGAAAAAUGUAACCAGCAUGAAGGCGGUAAAAGGGGCAAAAAGUACGGUAGAUGGUAACGGGGUUAAAAAUGCCAAAGUCACAUCAACAUCCGUGGAAGGAAAAAACAUGUUGAAAAUGAAAUCAGGGGCAGACGCAAAAGGCGUGAAAAAUGUUACUGCAGACGUGAAGGAAGAAACGCCUGAGGGAAAAAGUAUAAUGAACGAAUCAUCAAAAGGACCAGAGGAAGAAACUUUCGAAGAGAGCGAAGAAGUCGUACAGGUGAAAAUCCCAGUGGCUAUAAAAAUACACGACCUCAAAGAUAGCAAAAAUUUAAAAAACUUUUUAAGAGAAAUCGAAAUAUAUAAAAAUAUUCAACGUCCAAAUAUUUGUACCUUCUAUGGAAUAUGUAUCAGAUCCAAUAAAUUAAUGUUGCUCUUGGAAUAUUACCCUAAGGGUAAUUUAUUUAAUUUUUUAAAGAAUAAAAAUAAAAUUCACAAGAAACAAAGACUAGCAUGGGCAUCAGAAAUGUGUCACAUUGUACAUGGCUUCCAUACACAUAACCCUCCUGUAAUUAAUGGAGAUAUAAAAACUUCAAAUGUCUUAAUUGAUAAUAAUAUGCACUUAGUUAUGUGUGAUUUUGGAAAAGCUCGAUUUAAAAAUUCAAAGCUGUAUAGUAAUUUUGGCUCCUACAGAUAUAUGGCCCCUGAAACUUUUAGCUGCACAUCGGAAGUGACUGAAAAAAUUGACAUUUGGAGCUUGGCAUGCUGCAUCGUGGAAAUAUUUUCGAGCAAAUACCCAUACCAUAAUUUGUCCAAGAAUGUAAAGAUCCGACAUGAGCUGCUGGUUAAUAAAAAGACCCCACACAUUCCUAACUUUUUACCCAACUCGAUGAAGAAGUGCCUGCAGAGAUGCUUCAGCUUCACCCCGGAAGAGAGACCCUGCGCGUAUGAGAUGUACAAGUGUUUGAAGAAAAUCAAGGUCGUUGAGUGA